UCUGUCUCUCGCUCUCGCUCUCUGUGUUCACUGUUGUAAAUUCAGUUUGGUAGCCUGGUGGUUAUUGUCCUAUCAAUCAUUGUCGAGGCCACCUGCCGCUGUAUGGAAGCUCUACCAACUAGUUCAAACAGCGGAGUAGCAGAGUAGCGCAAGUAUUGGCAAUGUUGAAAAAAGAAGAGAGCGUUCUCAAUCGGAAAUAACAGUGGGGCUCCUCUUGCCAACAAACCCUCAUGGCUAGACUUUACCUGCAAGGGAGGUAUGUUUCAUCACAAUAUGUCUCUCUUUCUCUCCUGCCGUUUCUCUCCCUCUGUCUCACACGUUCGGUUUUCUCUCCCUUUCUCAUCUUAUGGUCAUGUUUGGACACAUUCUAUUUUGAGGUACAUGUUUGUUUGGUGUAGAUUAUUAAUUAGCCAACUCUGUAGGUUUAUUUCUAUUAACUUUUACUUUAAUGUGCUUGUAUGCAACUGCUUUGAGGUGCCAUUGCGAAAGGGAAUUUCAACAUACAAUCACAUCAGAGACAUCUUUGUUCCUGGUUGUACAGUCUGCUAUUGGUGUUUAAAGCCUAGACAUCCUGGUCAGAUCUGUUUGUGCUAUCAUGCCAACUCCAUUGCGGUUAACCCAACUGCUGAUGGGUCAAAAAAACUACUGACGGUUAAAUUAACCCAUGUUUGGGUAAUCCAAACAACCCAACAUUUACGGAACCCAACUGGCUGGGUCAAAAUGACCCAGCGAGUGUUCUGUCCAAUAUUUACCCAGCGCUGGGUUACCAAAUAAUAGUCUAUAAACUCCCUAUGAUGACAGCUGUACUCAUAGGGAAGUGGAGUUGUGGGUGAUUGAACUGGCCCUACUGCUCAGUUCAACUUCCUUUUUUAAAGGCAAGCCUUAAUGUCAACCCCUGAUAGGCACUCUGUCACAUUUUCACAUUAACAAGGGCUGUGAGACCAUGAUUUAUGAUUUGUCAUGGGGAUAUUUUUGGCUAGCUACUUCCGGUUAGCUAGCAUAUUGCUGAAGGGUUUGAUCAUGUGGCGUAUGGCGGGUGUACGGAUGUCACUUUUAAGAGAGCAAAGAACGAUCAGUCAGAAGUUAACAUGACUCUGUAUUGUAGUUUUAUGAAAGAGGAUCCGUAAACGGGUACUGUGGGAAAUUCUCUCAGUAUAUUGUGGACCAGGAAGUGGGGUUCAUAUAUAUGAUCUGUUUUUAUGUACUAAGUUGAUGAGAAUAAAUUACUUGAUGUUACCUUAAAUUGUAAACUGUCAUGGUCAAAACAUAGAUUCAAUGGUUGUAAAGAUGGGGAGAGGUCUGUCCAUAAUAGAGAGAUGCUCUGCUUUUUUGGCACCACAGGAUCUAGUUUAGUCUUAUCUUGAUUAUUGUCCAGUCAUGUAGUCAGGUGCCUUUUCAUUGUAAUAAGAGGGCUAAUAUAAAAACUAUGCAUGCCAUUCUCUCUUGGCUAAGAGUUGAGGAGAGACUGACUGCAUCACUUCUUCUUUUUAUAAGAAACAAUGUGUGGAAAAUUCAAAAUUGUUUGCAUAGUCAGCUUACACACAUCUCUGACACACACACUUACCCCACAAGACAUGCCACCAGGGGUCUUUUCACAGUCCCCAAAUCCAGAACAGAACAAAUUCAAGAAAGUGUACUGUAUUAUAAAGAGCCAUUAUUGCAUGGAACAAAAAUUAACAUCAAACCUGGUUUCAAAAAACAGAUAAAGCAACAUCUCACAGCACAACUGUGAUGCGUGCGAUGACAGAGUUUAUUCCUUCGUUGACACACAUCUGCGCUCAAAUAGCGAUCAACAAAACAGGCACAGGGGAAACUCUCAUCCCUGGCAAAUACACUGUAAUGGUAGAAUCCAAUAAUACAUAGGCACAGGGGAAAAUCUACCCUGGCAACAAAAUGUACGAGUAGCUCCACCGAGCUAUACUACUCUCACAACUAACAAUCACCCACAAGGACAAGGGGGCAGAGGGAACACUUAUACACAGACUAAUGAGGGGAUUAGAACCAGGUGUGUGUGAUUGACAAGACAAGACACAUGUGAUGAUGAUUGGGGCGGCAGUGGUUAGUAAGCCGGUGACGACGAACGCUGAAGUCUGCCCGAACAAGGAAGGGAGGCAGCCUCGCCCGAAGUCGUGACAACAACGCCUCUCCUCUAUUUGACCUAGAUAUUUUGUGUGUAUGUAUUGAUAUGUAGGCUAUGUCUGCCAUUUUUAAAUGUAUGUAGUUCUGUCCUUGAGCUGUUCUUGUCUAUUGAUAUUCUGUAGUAUGUCAUGUUUCAUGUUUUGUGUGGACCCCAGGAAGAGUAGCUGCUGCUUUAGCAACAGCUAAUGGGGAUCUUAAUAAAUUACCAAAACGACUAUAGGCCUAUGUAGCUGUGACCUUCCUCUAAGGCUGCGUCCCAAAUAGUACCCUAUUCCCUUUAUAGUGUACACAUUUUGACCAGGGCCCAUAGCGCACAUUGUCUGUUCCCCUUUUCCCAUUUUAUCCGUCACUCUCCAGUUUUUCAUUCUGACUUUUCAUGGGAGCUUGUGUUGUUGAUGGUUGCUCUUAGACAAAUACCUUGUCAGAGCAAAUUUACUUAUUUCCAAUGCACAACACUGUAGCCUCUGCAUUCGUGGUGUGUGUGGGUGGGGAUGUUAUGUAUGAUGAUAAUCUUUCCCAGACACAAUAGGAGCACUGUGGGACUGCCCAGGUAGCCUAUCCCCAACCUUUGUAAUGAAGCAGCACACCGGAGGAUCAGGUGUGUGUGUGUGUGUGUGUGUGUGUGUGUGUGUGUGUGUGUGUGUGUGUGUGUGUGUGUGUGUGUGUGUGUGUGUGUGUGUGUGUGUGUGUGUGCAACCCAAAGCUAGAGGAGCAGAAGGAAUGAGCAGAGCAGCAGGUUGGCAGGUACGUGGGUAAGGGAAGGGGGACGGGAGGAGGGGGGAGGUUUACCCUUCCAUAUUGGAGAAGGAAGGUAUUGUAAUGCACUGUGCACAGAGUAACAGAAAAAAGAGGGUGACAUUUGAGCAUGGUGAGUGGGAGAGAAUAGGUUUCAUUGUACAAAAGGGUACUGGGCUCUCUCUCCAGAGGAUAAAGCCGAGACUUCCUUGUCACACACUAAUGUUUAAUGUGUAACUGAUGACUUUUGUGGUCAAUUGCCUUUCUGCACAGUUGUAAACAAUCAUUCACACUACCCAGGAAUUAACCUGUGAUGUGCCACCACAUGCACCCUCAAAUAUCUUAACGUUGAGUCGCUCACCUACACAAAUUCCAUGUGGGACCAAUCAGCUGUCACGCCCUGGCUCUGGGGACUCUAGUAUGUUGAGCCAGGGUGUGAGUUUUCAUUUGUGUUCGUUCUAGUAUUGUGUUUCUAUGUUGGCCAGUGUGGUUCUCAAUCAGAGGCAACGUGAAUCAGCUGUUGCUUGUUGUCUCUGAUUGGGAACCAUACUUAGUCAGCCUGUUUCCCACAGUAUGGUGUGGGAUCUUGUUCCAAUUAGGUUUGUGUUUAAACCGAGGACGUCACGUUAUCGUUUGUUGUUUUGUUCGUGUAGCAUUAAUAAAAAGCAUGUUCACCUUCAACGCUGCGCCUUGGUCCUAUGUUCCCGACGAACGUGACAGAAGAUCCCACCAAGACUGGACCAAGCAGCGUGUCCAGGAGCCAUCGCCAGGGAGAUCUCUAGCGGAUCUCCUUCGCCUCCUCGACUGGGUCAAGCCGUGUGAGGAAGAGAGGGGCUUGACUUGGAAGCAGAAGGGCGAAAGGCUGGCGAGAGAUAUGGAGACCUGGUCCACGGGUAGGAGAGAAGCCCAGAAAUUUUUUAGGGGGGGGCUCACGCCGUGGACGACGGGGCAGCAGGAGACCGCGAUAGAGCGGCCCAGCGGGUUGGCAGAGGAGGCCGCCAGGUUACGGGGGCCACUGGUCAAAAGGGGAAGGAAGGUGUAGAGGCACGGCGAGAGGUACUGGGGUGUGUUGCCAGUCCGGUCCGGCCCGUUCCUGAUCCCUGCGUAGGGCCAGUGGUGUGUGUCCCCAGUACGGUCCGGUCUGUUCCUGUCCCUUGCACCGAGCCUGUGGUGCGCGUCGCCAGCCCAGUCCGGUCCAUUCCUGCUCUCCGCACCAAGUCAGUGGUGCGCUUCGUCAGCCCGGUCCGGCCCGCUCCUGCUCCCCGCACCAAGCCAAUGGUGCGCGUCGCCAGCCCGGCCCGGCCUGUUCCUGCUCCCCGCACCAAGCCAAUGGUGCGCGUCGCCAGCCCGGCCCGGCCUGUUCCUGCUCCCCGCACCAAGCCUAUGGUGCGCGUCGCCGGCCCGGCCCGGCCUGUUCCUGCUCCCCGCACCAAGCCAAUGGUGUGCGUCGCCAGCCCGGCCCGGCCUGUUCCUGCUCCCCGCACCAAGCCUAUGGUGCGCGUCGCCAGCCCGGCCCGGCCUGUUCCUGCUCCCCGCACCAGGCCAAUGGUGCGCGUCGCCAGCCCAGUCCAGCCCGCUCCUGCUCCCCGCACCAAGCCAAUGGUGCGCGUCGCCAGCCCGGUCCGGCCCGCUCCUGCUCCCCGCACCAAGCCUAUGGUGAGCGUCGCCAGCCCGGUCCGGCCCGUUCCUGCUCCCCACACCAAGCCAGUGGUGUGCGUCGUCAGUCCGGCAUGGCCCGUGCCUGUUCCACCGGUGCCUGGUCCAGCACCGGUCAGCUGCUUCACGCCGGAGCUAGAGCAAUCCGCUCCACCAGUGUGCAGUCCAGCUCCGGCCAGCGGGGCCAGACCGGACCAGGGGUACUUUGGGGGGUUGGAGAGGGAGUGGGGAUCAGGCCCGGAGCCGGAUCCGCCGCCAAGGCGGAGUGCCCACCCGGUCCCUCCCCUGUGGUGUUUGGUUGGCGCGGCCAGAGUCCGCGCCUUUGGGGGGGGGUACUGUCACGCCCUGGCUCUGGGGACUCUAGUAUGUUGAGCCAGGGUGUGAGUUUUCAUUUGUGUUCGUUCUAGUAUUGUGUUUCUAUGUUGGCCAGUGUGGUUCUCAAUCAGAGGCAACGUGAAUCAGCUGUUGCUUGUUGUCUCUGAUUGGGAACCAUACUUAGUCAGCCUGUUUCCCACAGUAUGGUGUGGGAUCUUGUUCCAAUUAGGUUUGUGUUUAAACCGAGGACGUCACGUUAUCGUUUGUUGUUUUGUUCGUGUAGCAUUAAUAAAAAGCAUGUUCACCUUCAACGCUGCGCCUUGGUCCUCUGUUCCCGACGAACGUGACAUCAGCAGAAUUUCAUUCAGUGGAGAUCAGUAAGGAGGAAGAUAUGUAGUCAUAUUUACCAGAACUAAUCCUCUGCAUAGGGGCCCAACCCUAAGGUGUGUGCUGCAAUGAAGAUUGUACACAGUUCCGCAUGACUUUCUUUAUCUUUACAAGUCUAAGUAAGCUCCUAGAGCAAUGGGGUUACACUCUAAAAAAAGCUGUGCUAAAAACAACUUCAUUUGGGUUAUUUGGUAACCCAGCGCUGGUUAAAUAUUGGACAGAUCACACGCUGGGUUAUUUUGACCCAGCCAGUUGGGUUGCGUGAAUAACCCAACAUGUUGGGUUGUUUGGAUUACCCAAACAUGGGUUAAUUUAACCUGCAGUUGUUAGUUUUUUUAACCAUCAGUUGGGUUGACACGGAGCUGGGUCUUUUUUAAUGUAAACCAUCGGCUAUUUUCAGGAGGUGUGGCCUAUUAGAUAAUGAUUUUGUCACUUGUUCAUGUACAAUGCAAAUAAAAACGUUCCUUUAAUAUUUUUGCACAUAACAUAUUCUCAUAUAAAAUUCAUAACUUUAUUAUUUACAUAUCCCAACAUUGAGAUACAAUAUUGGGAUAUGCAUAGGCUCUUGAGGAACUCAUACACUUGUCUAAGCCUCAUCAAAGCUACAAUAAUAUUAGUGUUCAACCUUAAUAUGUGAUAACAAUACAACAGAACAGAUUAACCCGAAUGACAUUUGUCCUCACAGGUGGCCAAAACUAUCUGAAAGCCCUACUAAGCAACACCUCUUGUCUUCUGAACUGACCCACUGGGUCAUAUCUCAAUAACCAAGCAUCAAUAAACCAGCACCCAGCAUCAAUAAACCAGCAGUUUGACCCAUCGCCCGCAAAACAUCCAGGUGCAAUUGAGUUGUAGUUGGAUUCACAUGUAAUAGCUAUUUUUUCCUUUAUAUGGUCAAAUAAAAUCCCAGAUUGGUUUUAGGUACUGUUGCACCACUAUGUGGUUGAGUAGACUCCCAGAUCCUGCUUCCAGGUUUCACAAUAGAAACAGGUAUUAAACAAAGGAAGUACACUAGGAAGUUGACAGGUGUUCCUGUAAGUGUGCACAGUAGAUUGUGUACGCACAGAUCAGAGAACAACUGUACAAAAAGGGCCUGACUUGACAAUAUUACCUGUCUGUCAGACAUUAACAUAUCAUCAUACAUUUCAAUAAACUUUGAUGAUUUAAUAAUUAUUGUUAAUAUGCUACCUUCGGGCUCCAUAUAAAAGUGACAUGGAACGAGAUAUGAAAACAGGUCAUACCAUUUUAUAUGGUUAUCUUAGCAAGUUGUAGAUCAUGUUGAAGAGCGACAUUUCAUCUCAGGAUGUAUAAAAUAACUUGGGUGACUGAAGUGAUGACAUGCAAUACAUUUUGGGCCUGCUGUAUUUAUUUGACAGUAAAAACAUGUUCCCCAUGAAGGGUUUGAGAGAGUGAUAUUUUAAACUAAUGUGCAUUACUGUCUAUCUACAUGAUGUGUACAGUAUACAUUGUAACACUUUAUUUGAAGGGUCUGUAAUAAGGUAUUUAUAAAUUGUGUUUUCACCAUUUAUUAAUCAUUACUCCCACAUGUAUAAACCAUUUACCAAUCAUUAGUAUUUUACCCUAAUCUAAAGUUAGCACUAUUUUUACUUUACAAAUACUUUAUAAACGUUUUGAGUGACCAGUGCAAUUUCUCACAAAAAGAUGGGCAUGCCAAUCGUAGACAUUCAUGCAGUACCUGGUAAAAGAAUAAGCACACAACACAGGACGUUUAAGUAUAUAUAUAGAUGUGUGAAUAACUAGCUUACAAAAAUGUACAAAUGUGGGAGUAGUGAUUAAUAAAUGGUGAGCAAGCGGUUUGUAAAUGCCUCAUAUUAUUCCUAUUAAAUGGUUUAUUAUGGACCCUUAAAAUAAAGUGUUACGGUAUAUAUCAUUACAUUCAUAUUUUUGAUGACAAUAAGUCAUCAUCAGUACAGUGUAAUCGAAUAAGACAUUACUUUGGAAGCAUACAGUCCUACACAUCUCAAUGUUCUACUUCUAUUCCACGAAGACAAGUGGAAAGAGAGAGUUUAUCUUAUGUGUAGUCAAUUCAAUCUCAGAAGGUCAAAGGUCCUUUUCACAAACACAGCUUAGAAUGGCUAACCUUGCAACCAACUUCUGAUUAUGCACGAGUAGUGCCAGGAGUCAUGUCAACAAAGACCAUUACAUGUCAGCUCUUACAAAGACAGAGUACUUCCCACGACCUGAAGACCCUGAUGUCUUCAUACUCACGUGUCAGUGACCAGCAGCACUGCUAGCAUUAGCUGGUGGAUGAGACAACAUUGUACUCCAACACCAAAGGCAUCAUGGUGUAACAAUAGAACAACAGUACUAUGAAACGUGAGAUUAUUUAUUUCAAUGAACAGAUCAUUUGGUCAACUUUGCGUUAUAGCCUACAAUGUAAUGUUAUGAAAUGUAGACAAUAAAAACAUAUACUGUAGGCUACUAGUAAAUAUUUAUAACAUACAAAACUGUCACUCAUCCUUUAAAAUGUUCUGGUUAGAAGGGGAAAUAGGGGGAAACAGUAAGAGCUGGAGUGAUUGGAUUAACAAGUGAGUCUCACAGCAAAGCUGUAGACAUGGCAGUCCACUGUACAGAUUUCUCUCUGAGACUGCAGUGAGGACAAAUGUAUCUUAGUUAUGUGAUUUGAUUCACAAUGGAAUGGAGAGGUCUCCAUUCUGAUAGACCAUUUCUUGUUGGAUAAAAAAUAACUUCAUGGUAUUUCAGUCAUAUAAGCAAAUAAUAAUUAACCCAGUUUUCUACACCUGUUUUGCUUAUGCCCAAUUUUAACCCUAAACAACCAUGCCAAGAAUGCAAAACAGGGGGUUAAAGUGAAAGUAGCCAGAGUGCCUGCAGUCUACGUAGGGGCGGCAGGUAGCUUAGUGGUUAAGAGCGUAGUGCCAGAAACCGAAAGGUUGCUGGUUCUAAUCCCUGAGCCGACUAGGUGAAAAAUCUGUCGAUGUGCCCUUGAGCAAGGCACUUAACCCUAAUUCCUUCUGGAUAAGAGCGUCUACUAAAUUACUAAAAUGUAAAAUGUAGGAAAACCACAAGUAAAAAAGGCAGUUGAAGCACUUGUAAGCUUUCAGUGAGUGGGGGCUUUUAAUUGAACACCCAACCAGGUUAACAAUGCAGGAAGAGUCCUCAAAUAUGAUUAAAUGGGUAACUGAACUCCCUUUGGAUUUUGUACGCUAUUCCUGGACUGUUAAGGAUGCUACACAUGUUUCGCGAAUGCAGCGGCGGAGAGUCAUUUUCUAUGUAGUUCUACGUACUUUUGUUUGGCUCACACACAAUGCUUCAUCGCCCAGAUUGUGUAGAGUGUGUAGAGCGCUGUCUGUGUACUGUUGGUUUCUGCUGAUUUCCUUGGUGGUUUCUUCUCGUUUCCUGGUUAGUUUCUUCUGGUUUCCUGAUUCUUUUUCUUUACCAGUCUCAUUCAUUAACAAUGGGUGAUGAGUAAACAGGGUUCAAAUCUAAUAUACUGUAGGUCACGCUUUUUUGUUUCUUUAAGACAAGUUGUUGUUUUACUUUAUGUAAAUAUAUAUUGAUGAGCAUGCAAACAAUGCCAAAACAUUCGGAAUGGUUAUGUGGGCCUAACUGUUAACUAAGUAAGGAGUUUGUAAACUUCCAUUUAGCUAAAGAGUUGUGUACAUGUCUGUUUUUCAGGAUGAAGAUGCGAAGGCACAACUUAUUUCUCUUUGGCGCAUUGGCCUUGUGUGUCCUCUCCCUGCUGCAAUACUGCAAGGGCUUCCACCACAUGCCUAUGCUGAGAGAGCUGUAUGCCUCCUCUGUCAACCUCGAGGCCCUAAGCUUCCUCUGGAGAAGGAAUGGGGACCCUCAAUACAAUUUUCACCCAGAGAGGAGGCCUCUCCCUGGACCCUCCGACACGGGCCUGUGGGAACCAGGGGAAGACCGGGAGGACCAAGGGAACGCGGAGGUGAGGAGAAGGGUUGGGUGUGGCAGUGAGGUGAGGGGGCAGAUUAUACAUUGUUUUGGGUUUAUAUGAUAUUGUCAUUGAUAUGAUUCAUUGUUUUCCCACUCAGGACACGUUGGGCAAGGAGCAGCCUAAUCCAUGGAAUGUAAACAGAAUAACGAUCACUCUCCCGGACCCCAAAGGACCAUGGGGAGAACUUCACAAACGGAGCUUCCAUCUUCGCGAUGACCCCACCCCGUUCUUUGUGCGCACCAAGUCUGGAGCAUAUUGCUUCCGAGAGGGGACGGAAAUGACUUUUCUCAAAGACGACUCGGGACAAAGGGUACAGGCAGCUGGAGAGGGCCAGCGUAAGAUCCUGCAUGCACACCAAGUGGAACCCAAGUCAGCCCCAGGGAAAACAGCCAGGGGGAAGGGGCUGGUGAAGUGUAUGUGUCGCCCAGGCUGGCACGGCCCUCACUGUGGCAUCCCCACCAUGGUGCAACACUCCAACCUGCCCACUAAGGAGCGUCUGACGCCCAGGAUGGUUCCGCGGAGGGUCAUCAACGCCAUUAACAUCAACCAUGAGUUUGACCUCCUCCACGCCCGCUUUCACGAGCUGGCUGAUGCCGUGGACCUCUUCCUGGUGUGUGAGUCAAACUUCACGGCCUACGGAGAUUCCAAGCCGCUGCACUUCCUGCGCCUCCUGCUUAACGGGACCUACGACUAUGUGCACCACAAGAUCCUCUACGUCUUCCUCGAUCACUUCCCUAAAGGUGGCCAGCAGAACGGGUGGAUUGCUGACGACUACCUGCGAACGUUUCUAAGCCGUGACGGGAUGUCCAGGGUACAAGGCGCCAGGCCGGAUGAUGUCUUCCUCAUCAAUGACGCAGACGAGAUCCCGGCCCGCGAGGGCAUCCUCUUCCUCAAACUCUACGACGGCUGGACGGAACCUGUGUCCAUGCACAUGAGAAAGUCCCUUUAUGGUUUCUUCUGGAGGCAGCCCGGGACGCUGGACAUUGUCUCCGCCUGCACUGUUGCCAUGCUCUUCGCCGUCUACAAUGGAGACGGGAUAUCACUGAGGCGCAGGGAAUACUUCUCCAUGCCGGGUUUCCGGAACUACCAGAGGAAGAGUGGACACAUCCUGGUGCAGUGGUCCAUUGGGAGCCCCGUCCACUACGCAGGCUGGCACUGUUCCUGGUGCUUCAGACCAGAGGGAAUCUCCCAAAAGCUAAUCUCUGCCCAGAAUGGAGACUUCCCCCGCUGGGGCGAUUACGUGGAAAAACGAGACCUGAACUACAUCAAGGGCUUGAUCCGGACUGGGGGAUGGUUCGAUGACUCGGUGGGGGAGUACCCACCUACAGACCCUAAAGAGCCUAUGUACGCACCCAAAUAUCUAUUAAAGAACUUUCAGCUGUAUUGCUACAUACUUGAGAACCAAUAUGCCUGAAUCUGGUAUAAAAUCAUUGUUGAUUUCAAUGGAAGGAUUGUUAACUUCAAGGGGUGUUGCCGGACCAAAACUAUGAAACCUCCACCUGCGCCUCUGAUUGAAGGGCAGGCCGUCCACUUUCUGUCUGAAGACGAAGUAGCUAGCUGGUGAGAGGGGGUGUAAUGAGGGACAGCUGAGAUUCAUUCUAUCCGAUUCUAUCCCUUUUCAAUCACAAUAUUAAACGAUAGUUAACAAUCCUCAACGACAAAGGCCUCUUCUGCUCCAGAGCAUUCAAGGACCGGUUUCCGGUUGGGACAUGAUGACUGUUGUCUUUCUAACUGUAGACGUGAUGGCAGACAGGUAUAUAUGUAUAGUAGAUAUAUCUGAUGAUGGCCAAUGGCCAGUGAUACUGUAGUUUUCCCUCAGUCAGAUCAACAAUGUGCUUCUAGUGCCACCAGUGCUGCGUUUCCAGAGCCCUUUGUGAAGAAAGAGACCAGAUCAGUGCACUUUUCUGUGGUGGUGGUAAAACUGUGUUACUGUGCUGAAAGGGUUGUUCGAACACCACAGGGAAAUAUAGGGGGAAAGGGAAAGUCUGUUUUAUAUUGUUUAAUACAAAUCCAGGUAUCCCUCACUAAUGCACUAUAGGCUUAUCUUAGCCAUCGCUUACUUUGACUACACAACUAUCCUCUUAGCCUUCUUGUAAACAGAUUGUUUAUGGUUUACAGGUGAAUAAAUGUGAGGCCAAAAAGCAUAUGUAAUUAGAACCAUGGGAUCCUGCCAAACAAUUGUCACAUUGCUUUUUGCCAUUUCUGUAUCCAUUGUUCAUUUAGAGAGAAAAUUCUCGAGAAACAAAAUCCAUUU